UUAUUCUCACCCUGUACAGUUUCCUCUAAAGACCUGUGGACCCGCUGGAUUGGACUGAACCUCAAAUUUUAACACGACACUGACACCAAUUUACUUUAUUUGAACAAUUCAGACUCUUCCCCGCUGUUUUCAGUCGGAUCCUGUUCUAAUUCCACAUUAUUAUUUUUUUUUGCCACUUCUUCUAUUCCGGUUGGAUUUACAAAGGGCGUGUUUGGUCGGUCUGUACCGGGAGUUUCGUCUCCUGUACUUGUGCGACUCUGAGGAAUGACAGCAACUGGAAAGGGACUUCGAUCCGCCUGAAUGGAGACAAUGGAUUAUAAAGAGCUUGGAAAUAAUUUCGAGGAGAAGCUGACACUAACAGACAAAUCUCUGCCCCUGCAGACAGAGACUCAGUCCAUCCAGAAUGGGGACAAGUCUUUGGGGAAAGACCAUCUGACCCCAGACGACUCAGCCAUCACAGAUCUCUCUCCUAAAACAGACUCCAGCCCCAAAACCGAGACCCCCACCAAGACAGAUGCCUCCUCCAAGACGGAUGUCAGGCCAUCUACCCCGGGCAGCAGCAGCAGCCCUCAGCCCAAGAAAGAUUCGAUGAGCUCGGAGCAACGACAGAAACUUGCCAAGGAGCGGAGGGAGGAGAGGGCCAGAUACAUCGCGGCGAAGAAAGCCCAGUGGCUGGAGAAGGAGGAGAAGGCCCGGCGUCUGAGGGAGAGCCAGCUGGAGGAGCGCAGGAAGAAGCUGGAGGACCAGCGACUGAGGACUGAGAAACGCAGAGCUGCGCUGGAGGAGAAACAGAGACAGAAACUAGAAAAGAACAAGGAACGAUAUGAGGCAGCUAUCAAGAGGUCCACCAAGAAGACGUGGGCCGAGAUCCGCCAGCAGAGGUGGUCCUGGGCGGGUGGACUCAACCAGACCUCCCGCAGAGAAAGCAGAUGCUCGGCCUCCACGGUCAACUUGCCGAGACAGGUGGACCCUGUCAUUAACAACAGGCUGUCCAAGUCCUCUGCCACGCUCUGGAACUCCCCCAACAGAACCCGCAGUCUGCGUCUGAGCCCCUGGGAGAGCCGCAUCGUGGAGAGGCUCAUGACGCCGACGCUGUCCUUCCUGGCCCGCAGUCGCAGCGCCGCCACCCUCCUCAACAACAGCGACUCUCACUCUCACCACUGCUCCCGUUCAGCCUCUGCCAGCCCGCUCAACGCCUGCUCCCAUCACCACCCACACCAGAACACCGCAGAGCGCUGGAGGGUCUCCUCCGCCAGCACGCCGGACAUUACCCAGCGUCAGCGCAGACGAAACUCCACACCGGUGGAUAAAAAGAAGAAAGAGAAGAAAGACAAGGAGAGGGAGAAUGAAAAAGAGAAGAACGCUCUGACGAAAGAGAAAGUGCAGAAGAAGAGACAGACGACAUCACCUGCCACUACGACCACAAGAUCCAGGCCAGAGACCAGCACCCCAAAACCCAAAAACCGACCUCCGUCACCUGCUGCCCCCAAAAGUCGGCCUUUGUCUCCCUUGGUGCCAGCAGCAGCAGCCUCCAAGACACCCGUGGGCAAGAAGACACCACCUCCUGGCACUAAGUCCCGGCCCAAACGGGCCCAGACGCCGGCCAGGGUACAGCCCCAGACGGUCACUGCAGUCGCCGUGGAAACAGGCCAGGAACCCCAGCAGCCCGACACCCCAGAGGAGAAAAAGAACUCCAGUAACGUUCCUGCCAUCGUGGUGUCCUCUGCACCGGUCACACCUCCUUCCCUCAGCCCCCCGGUUGUGUCAGCAGCUUCUGCUGUUGUGCCAAGCGUAGAGUCGGCUGCCUCAGCCGCUUCUCCUGCAACAGCCUCCAACAGUAAUCCUGCUCCUUCGGCUACACCCACCACUGCCACCGCUGCUGCUGCCUCCCCAGCUGCACCGAUCAGCAAGCCGUCAGCAGGCACCAACGACCCGGAGGAGGCUGCUCGAGCCCUGGCGGAGAAACGUCGACAAGCUCGAGAGCAGCGGGAGAGAGAGGAGCAGGAGCGUCUGGAGCAGGAGCAAAGGAACAGGAUCCUGCGGGAGGAGGCGAUGGCCCGGGAGGCCGAGGAGAGGAAGCGCAGAGAGGAGGAGGCUCGAUUCAUGGCUGAGCAGCAGCGUCUGAGAGACGAAGCCCAGAGAGCUCAAGAGGAGAAGGAGGCGCAGGAGAGAGCCAAAGCCGAGCAGGAGGAGAACGAGAGGGUUCAGAGACAGAGGGAGGAGGCUGAAGCCAAAGCCCGCGAGGAGGCCGAGCGUCAGCGCAUAGAGAGGGAGAAACACUUCCAGAAAGAAGAGCAGGAGCGACUGGAGAGGAAGAAGCGGCUUGAGGAGAUCAUGAAGAGGACUCGGAAAAGUGAUGCAGGAGAUAAGAAAGACGUCAAAACCUCACCACAGGUCAACGGCAAGGACGCAGAGCUCAGUAAAGCUCCUGGGAACCUGCAGAGUUCCAGCGCAGCGGUCCUCAGCCCGUCGCAAGGUGUUUCUGGUCCUGUCGUGAAUGGCGUCCAGCCCACCGCUCACCAAAAUGGCGUCUCGGCCAACGGAGAGGCAGCGGACUUUGAGGAGAUCAUCCAGCUGAACAACAGCGGUAACCCCGGUCAACAACAGAGUGGGCUGGUCGGCGAGCCGAUCCUGGCGUUCGAGGGGGGAGAGCCCUACCUGAUGAAAACAGGCCCAAUGAAGCCUCAGCAUGUCGCAGAGGUCCUGUGAGUCCCCACACAUCCAUGGAGACGCGCCUUAUGUCUCUGCUUGAGCUAUGAGAUUUCAUGCCACACCACAGCGGCUUAUAAAAAUCGUGUGCCAAACAAACAAUGGACUGCGCUGAAUUCACAUCUACAGUUUCUGCCGCAGAGAGACAAAGAGGAGGAGAUAAACUCUGCCUUGGAAAAAGAAAAUACUCAUCUGAAAUAUAUAUAUAAAUAUAUAUAUAUAAAAAUGCAACAACAAGUAUUCUCUGUCUCCACCGCGUGUUAUGGUGCAGCAUCUGUCAAGUUUUAUUGAAAUGUCACAUGCAGAUUUUAUGGUGCACCUUAAAGAUGACUGACUGUGUAACAAAUUUUAGAAAAGCAUAAGACCUUGGAAAUACAUAAUAUUUGACAAUGGCUGUUAUUAUUACUGUCGUUAUGAUAUUGUUAAUGUUAUCUUCAGUUGAACAAUGUGUGUGUGUGUUUGUUGUUUUUGUCUUGAAUUAUUGAGUUAUUUAACAUGGGGAGCAUUGUGAGGACUGGCCACAGACAGUGUAUGUAAAUGUAUAAUGAGCCUGGCUGCCUAGGCCUCCUGUUACAGGGGAUCUGUGAAAUAAAGCUUUAUGAAAGGGA